GAUUGGAUUUCAAUAGCUCAGGACUACAACAACAAAUGGAACUUCCCCCAUUGCCUCGGCGCUAUUGAUGGGAAGCAUAUUGUAAUACAAUGUCCGGGAAACAGUGGCUCCGAAUUUUAUAACUAUAAAGGGACAUUUAGUAUUGUCUUAAUGGCUUUAGUAGAUGCAAAUUAUUUUAUUUCGUAUAUUGACGUUGGGUGUCAAGGUCGUAUCAGUGACGGUGGUGUUUUUAGAAAUACAUCUCUUUACAAAAAACUAGAACAGAACGAACUUAAUCUUCCAAUAGAUGAGCCACUUCCAACAAAAACCGAAAUAAUGCCAUAUGUUUUUGUCGGAGAUGACGCAUUUGCAUUGGGCAAACAUAUGAUGAAACCAUACUCGGGCGUUUAUGAAAAAGGUAACUCAAAACGUAUAUUUAAUUAUAGGCUUUCAAGAGCUCGCCGUAUUGUUGAGAACGUAUUUGGUAUAAUGUCAUCCGUUUUCCGUGUUUUGAGAAAGCCAAUUUUAUUAAAUGAAGACAGAGUUUCAGACAUAGCAAUGACGUGUGCAUUGCUGCACAAUUUUUUAAGAAGAAGUAAGUCAUCAAGAUCAAGCUAUUCUCCCCCAGGAACAUUUGAUUCUGAACAUGAAAAUGAAGACCAAUCAGGUUCCUGGAGAACAGACCAGGGUGAUAUGACAUAAUUUUUGUCACUUCGAAGAGUAGCUCGAAAAUCUGGACUUGAAGCUCUCCGAAUAAGAGAUUUAUUCGCAGAAUACUUCGUGACAAACGGAGCAGUAACUUGGCAGAAUAACAAAUAAU